GUUACCAACUGCUGUGCAAACGAAUCUAAUGAAUCGCUUUAUACAAAAUAUAAUAUCUAUAAAUAAAUCUCUCUGGAAAACUCUAUAAUCUUUUUACUAAGACAGCAACAUCAAAAUAUAACAACAACAGGUGAUGAUUUGACAUUCAAAAUACCUCUAAAGUGUCUAUAUAAAAUCAGAAAAAAACAGACAAAAUUGAUGCUAACGAUCAUAACCAAAUUGCAUGUCAGUUGGAAAAAAGAUCUCGAAGAUGGAUGGUGAUCUGUAUGAUGAAUUUGGUAACUACAUUGGGCCUGAAUUGGAUAGUGAUGAUGAUGAGGAAGAAGAACAAGAGCAGCAGAAUGACGAUGAGCAACAGGAAUAUGAUGAUGAGCAAAUGGAAGAUGAGCCUCAACCAAUGUCUAUUGUAUUACAUGAAGAUAAGCAGUAUUACCCGUCUGCUUUGCAAGUAUAUGGUCCUGAUGUUGAGACAAUAGUCCAAGAAGAAGAUGCUCAACCUCUUGAUGUGCCCUUGGUGGAACCAGUAAAAAAGAAAAAGUUUGAAAUCAGGGAACAGAAUUUGCCAGAAACAACGUUCAGCAUGGAAUUUUUGGCUGACAUGAUGGACAACACAACUCUUAUAAGGAAUGUUGCCUUCAUUGGCCAUUUACAUCAUGGAAAGACUUCCUUUGUGGACUGUCUUAUCAGGCAGACACAUCCCGGUUACCAAGAUUACGAAGAGAAGAACUUAAGAUAUACUGAUACACUAUUCACUGAACAGGAGAGGGGUUGUUCAUUCAAAUCCAUGCCAUCCACAUUGGUUUUACAAGAUAUCAGAAAUAAGAGUUACCUAAUGAACAUUUUCGACACUCCAGGUCACGUCAACUUCUCUGAUGAAGUGACGGCUGCGAUGCGCCUGUGUGAUGGCAUAGUGCUGUUCAUUGAUGCUGCUGAAGGUGUCAUGUUGAAUACAGAACGUCUCAUAAAACAUGCUGUUCAAGAGCAGAUGCAAAUCACAGUCUGUAUCAACAAGAUUGAUAGGCUCAUGCUUGAACUGAAAUUACCGCCUCAAGAUGCCUACUACAAGCUCAGGCAUAUUGUUGAGGAAAUAAAUGGAUUGCUGACUUUAUAUUCUGAUGAAGCUAAUCCGCACAUUGUAUCUCCUAUACUUGGCAAUGUGUGCUUUGCUAGCUCUCAAUAUGGUGUGUGCUUCACUUUGAAAUCCUUUGCAAACGUGUAUAAACUUUAUUACGGAGACGUGAACGUCGAAGAAUUCUCAAAGAGGCUUUGGGGAGAUAUUUAUUUCAACACUAAAAAUCGCAAAUUUACCAAAAAAGCUCCACAUAACUCGGCUCAAAGGAGUUUUGUCGAGUUCAUCUUAGAGCCGCUGUACAAGGUUUUUGCACAAGUCGUUGGUGAUGUUGAUUCCACGUUGCCUCAAGUUUUGGAUGAGCUUGGCGUUAAAUUGACCAAAAACGAGAUGAAAUUGAAUAUAAGACCGUUACUUAGAUUGGUUUGCGGGAAAUUCCUGGGUGACUUCAAUGGAUUCGUCACUAUGUGCGUGGAGCAUAUUAAUUCCCCGCUAGAUAAUGCCAAAAAGAAAAUCGAUCACAUUUAUACAGGACCAAAUACAAGUAAAGUCUAUGAUGAUAUGGCGAACUGUGACCAAGAAGGCUUUCUCAUGGUACACAGUUCGAAGAUGUACCCGACAGAAGAUUGUUCUUUUUUCCAAGUUCUUGGUAGGGUGAUGAGCGGUACUUUGCAUGCAGGUACUGACGUCAGAAUUCUCGGUGAAAAUUACACUUUGCAAGAUGAAGAGGACUCGAGGAUUAUGACUGUAGGAAGAUUGUGGAUAUAUGAGUCUAGGUAUAAAAUAGAAGUGAAUCGUGUGCCAGCUGGUAAUUGGGUACUGAUUGAAGGUAUUGAUCAAUCUAUAGUUAAAACGGCUACUAUCACCGAUUUGACAAUACAUGAAGAUAUGUAUAUAUUCCGGCCUUUGAAGUUCAACACGCAAAGUAUUAUUAAAAUAGCAGUGGAACCUGUUAAUCCGUCUGAAUUGCCGAAAAUGCUGGAUGGUUUACGGAAAGUCAACAAAUCGUACCCGUUGCUAACAACAAAAGUGGAAGAAAGCGGCGAACACGUGAUUUUAGGUACAGGAGAGCUGUAUUUGGAUUGUGUCAUGCACGAUCUCAGGAAAAUGUACUCAGAAAUCGAUAUCAAAGUUGCGGAUCCCGUAGUAGCCUUCUGCGAAACAGUAGUAGAAACGUCGAGUUUGAAGUGUUUCGCUGAAACGCCGAAUAAAAAGAACAAGCUGACCAUGAUCGCCGAACCUUUGGAAAAAGGAUUGGCCGAAGAUAUUGAGAACGAAAACGUGCAAAUCACCUGGAACAAGAAGAAAUUGGGAGAGUUCUUCCAGACGAAAUACGAUUGGGAUUUGCUUGCGGCUAGAAGCAUAUGGGCUUUCGGACCCGAUAAUACAGGCCCUAAUAUCCUCGUAGACGAUACGUUACCAUCGGAAGUAGACAAAGGUCUGUUAAGUUCUGUGAAAGAUUCGAUAGUCCAAGGAUUCCAGUGGGGUACCAGAGAAGGUCCGCUGUGCGAGGAGCCUAUAAGAAACGUCAAAUUCAAGAUAUUAGACGCUGUAAUUGCUAAUGAACCGCUGCAUAGAGGUGGAGGACAAAUAAUUCCGACAGCAAGAAGGGUCGUGUAUUCAGCUUUUUUGAUGGCCACUCCUCGUCUUAUGGAACCGUAUCUGUUUGUCGAGGUGCAAGCACCGGCCGAUUGCGUAUCUGCUGUUUAUACUGUGCUAGCGAAACGGAGGGGUCACGUUACUCAAGAUGCUCCCGUACCAGGCUCGCCCCUUUACACAAUCAAAGCGUUCAUUCCGGCGAUCGACAGUUUUGGAUUCGAGACCGAUUUGAGGACGCAUACUCAGGGACAAGCGUUCUGUCUUUCGGUCUUCCACCAUUGGCAGAUCGUACCUGGUGACCCGCUGGACAAGACUAUAGUAAUAAGGCCGUUGGAGCCCCAACCUGCGACCCACUUAGCCAGAGAAUUCAUGAUAAAAACCAGAAGGCGUAAAGGACUCAGUCAAGACGUUUCCAUCAACAAGUUCUUCGACGAUCCUAUGUUGCUCGAAUUGGCGAGGCAGGAUGUCAUGCUUAAUUAUCCGUUGUUGUAGAAAGGAAUUUUACAUAGAUUUUAGGCGUUCAAUAAGAGUGAUGUGUAAAUAUGUUUUUGAUAAAUUUCAUUGAAAUAAGUGUUUGUAUGUGACGAGAAAGGAAUUAAUAAACAUAUUGUUCACAAAGGA